AUGUCUGCGACAGCCACUAAGCCAGCAAUCUACUUCGGCAAUUUUGUGGUCACAGCACAGGUCUUUCAUCUUACACCGCAUUCAUUCGCUUUGGUUAACUUGAAGCCUCUGCUCCCUGGCCAUGUUCUCGUGUCUCCUAGGCGGGUCACUCCUAGGCUUUCUGACCUCACUCAUACCGAGGUGACGGAUCUAUUCCUUACCGUCCAACGAGUUGGCCGCAUGAUCCAACGGGUCUACAAUGGAACAAGCCUAAACAUAGCCAUGCAAGAUGGCGCCGAUGCCGGCCAGAGCGUACCACAUGUCCAUACACACAUCAUACCUCGAGUAAAGGCGGACUUAGACGAUAGGGGAGGUUCUGAUGCGAUACACAAUAUGCUGGAAGGUGACGAAGGUAACGUGGGAAAGCAUCUGCGGGAAUGGUCUGAGGAUAGGCCACGAUUCCCUAAAGUCGACGAUGAUGCCAGGAAGCCAAGGAGUAAGGAGGACAUGGCUAAGGAAGCUCAGAGACUUGCGCAAGAGAUGGAAAAAGAAUGA